GGUUAAUUAAGAGAAGAAGAAGAAAAAAAAAAAAAACAUUCCGGGUGGCCCGGCCCGGCCCGGCCCGGUUCUGGCCCGGAACCGGAACCGGAACCGCCCACCACCGGUUCGGGCCCGGGCCUCCUUUUUCUGAACCGAGGCCCGGCCGGGCCCAGGCCCGAACCGGGCCCGAACCGGAACCGGUCCACCCCUACUUGCAAAUAGAAUGAAAUUAAACAUAACAAUGUCAAGUUUUAGUUACAUUUGGUUACAGUUUAAACCAAAACAAUUGCAUUUACUAUGAACCUAUGAUGUAUGAGCAAAACUGCAAAACCAAUACUUUGUCAUUUUUAAUCUCAACGGGAAGUACACUAACUGGAGUACCUAAAAUGUGCUAGUGUGGCGCUUUCUUCUCUGCGAAGAUAUUUCAAAGAUGUCACUCUAGAUGCUGCGCUCGUAGAAUGACUAGAAUUUGUUGAGGAUAACUCUUCCUCUUCACUUUAGGGUCUAGGGUUGUUACUUUCUUAUGAUGAACUUAUUCACCUUGCAUAUUUUUUUUUUGUGGGAAAUAUAAAUUUAUUAAAAAGGGAGAAAGUGAAGUACACAAGAAGAAACAAAAGAAGAUUAAAGUAUCAAAAAGCAAAUUCGUUAAAAGGGCUGAGAUCGGUGGAGGAGGGCGGAUUUGUUGUCAUGGCUCGAGGAGAUCAGCGUUGUGGUCAUGGUUCGAGGAUGCGGCGUGGCUGUUGUCAUUGGAGAAGAUCGGCGCCGCCUAUCCGUUUACUCUGGUCACACGGAGCAGGGAUGAGUUUGGCAAUGCAUGGACGGAUUGAUGCAUGGUCUUUGGCAGCCAAAGGUCAUGGAGGAUCAAUUAGCAUGGUACCGGUGGUACGACCUCCUCUUGAACCACCACCAUGGGAUGUACGAGAUGCUAGAGUUUGUGAAAGUUUUUCUUGUAGUUUUUAUCUGUUUGUUAUUUGUUUUCUUGUGUCCACUUUUGUUGUUGGUUUUGACAGUUUGUUUGAGUUUUUUGCUUCUCUUUAUGUCAUUGGGUAUGGUUGGAU